GUGACUCGCCAUGGCCGCGGCCGUCGCCCCGUGCCCCUGAGCCGUGGCCCCCCAGACGGCUCCUCUCCCGAGACCCCGCACCCCUGACGCUGAGCAGCACCAAGGCGCUGGGUCAGAGCAGGCGCUGCGCCUGCAGGCGCCCCAGACGGAUUGUGCCCCCCCACACUGCAAGCAUCACAGGACAUGGCCCCCCCAGCCACCUUGCCGGGGCCCGUCUAGCAGAGGCAGCUUUUUUGGCACCCUGAAGGCCAGCUCUGGACCCUCCCAGGAAAGUGCCAGCCCACAGCACUGCUUGACCAAAGGACCAACUAACUCCUGGGACAUCUUCCAACUCACCUGGCCCCCUGGCUGGGGUAGGGGCACCAAGAGGCCGAGAUUAGCCUGCUGGCCUUGGGCAGCAGUGCCAGGACAGAAAGAGGGGGUGGGCUGACCACCCAGGCCCCCUCUGGGCCCAGGCCCCAUGCCCCGAGGAGGAGUGGCCUGAAGCCCGCCAGAGCCCCUGCCAGACUGUCUGCCUGCCCUUUUGACUGUGGCUGCUUGGCAUGGCCAGCAACAGCAGCUCCUGCCCGACACCUGGGGGCGGGCACCUCAAUGGGUACCCAGUGCCCCCCUACGCCUUCUUCUUCCCCUCUAUGCUGGGUGGACUCUCUCCGCCAGGCACCCUGACCACUCUCCAGCACCAGCUUCCAGUAAGCAGCUAUAGCACACCAUCGCCAGCCACCAUUGAGACCCAGAGCAGCAGUUCCGAAGAGAUAGUGCCCAGCCCUCCUUCACCGCCCCCUCUUCCUCGCAUCUACAAGCCUUGCUUUGUCUGCCAAGACAAGUCUUCAGGCUACCACUAUGGAGUCAGCGCCUGUGAGGGCUGCAAGGGCUUCUUCCGCCGCAGCAUCCAGAAGAACAUGGUGUACACGUGUCACCGGGACAAGAACUGCAUCAUCAACAAGGUGACCCGGAAUCGCUGCCAGUAUUGCCGGCUGCAGAAGUGCUUCGAAGUGGGCAUGUCCAAGGAGUCUGUGAGGAACGACAGAAACAAGAAGAAAAAGGAGGCACCCAAGGCCGAGUGCUCGGAGAGCUAUACGCUGACGCCGGAGGUGGGGGAGCUCAUCGAGAAGGUGCGCAAAGCGCACCAGGAAACCUUCCCUGCACUCUGCCAGUUGGGCAAAUACACUACGAACAACAGCUCAGAACAACGUGUCUCUCUGGACAUCGACCUCUGGGACAAGUUCAGUGAACUCUCCACCAAGUGCAUCAUUAAGACUGUGGAGUUUGCCAAGCAACUGCCGGGCUUCACCACCCUCACCAUUGCCGACCAGAUCACCCUCCUGAAGGGUGCCUGCCUGGACAUCCUGAUCCUGCGGAUCUGCACGCGGUACACACCCGAGCAGGACACCAUGACUUUCUCGGAUGGGCUGACCCUGAACCGGACCCAGAUGCACAACGCUGGCUUCGGCCCCCUCACCGACCUGGUCUUCGCCUUUGCCAACCAGCUACUGCCCCUGGAGAUGGAUGAUGCUGAGACUGGGCUGCUCAGCGCCAUUUGUCUCAUCUGUGGAGAUCGGCAGGACCUGGAGCAGCCAGACAGGGUGGACAUGCUGCAGGAACCACUGCUGGAGGCACUGAAGGUCUAUGUGCGGAAACGGAGGCCCAGCCGCCCCCACAUGUUCCCCAAGAUGCUGAUGAAGAUCACAGACCUGAGAAGCAUCAGUGCUAAGGGGGCUGAGCGGGUGAUCACGCUGAAGAUGGAGAUCCCGGGUUCCAUGCCACCUCUUAUCCAGGAAAUGCUGGAGAACUCAGAGGGCCUGGACACUCUGGGCGGACAGCAGGGGGGCAGGGGACGGGACGGGGGUGGCCUGGCCCCCCCGCCAGGCAGCUGUAGCCCCAGCCUCAGCCCCAGCUCAAACAGAAGCAGCCCGGCCACCCACUCCCCGUGACCACCCAUGCCCCAGUGCCCCGGCUUUUCUCUGCCUUUCUACCAACCACGUGACCCCCCUCUGCUGGUCAGCCCUGCUCCCACUGUCCUCCCUGACAGAACUGGGGACCUUCCCCUGGGGGGGACUGGAGGGAGGAGGGUGUGACUCUUCAGACAGCAGCCCAGGCCCAAGAUGGACUGAGGGCUCCUGCUGCCUGGGCUGACGUCGGGUGGGGGCAGGGCAGUGAACUGAGUGAGCAGCCCCAGUCCUGGGCCUCGGGAUGGGGCGCCGGGGGCCUUGUGUUCAAGACACCCCACCGCUCACCUCGCCACAUCUUCAUCACCAGCAAAAGCCAGGACCUGGCUCCCCCAUCCUCAGAACUCACAAGCCAUCGCUCCCUAAUUGGGGACCUUCUCCCCCCUGCCUUGGUUGGUGACAGAGGGGGUGGGCCAGGGGUGGGGAGCUACCCCCUGUACAUACCCUGCCAUACCAACCCCCAGGUAUUAAUUUCUCGCUGGUUUUGUUUUUAUUUUAAUUUUUUUUGUUUUGAUUUUUUUUUAAUAAGAAUUUUCAUUUUAAGCAC